AUGGCUUCUGUUGCUACGGCGAUUCCGAUGGUUAUUGCGGGGGAGAAGUUAGUCUCCCGCCAACUUAUGCUUGUAAAAUCGCAUUCUCUCCUCCGAGGACUGAGUAUGGAUCCUAAUAGUUUCAGCAGAUGGCUCCUACUGGUGAACCACCGUGUAGCAAUGUCCAAAGAACAGUUUCAGUUACAAGGAGGAGUUAUCAAGUCGUCAUAG